AUGUGGAAGGCUCCGUAUAGAUCCGAGAUAGCGAGUGCUGAUGAGAUCCCGGUGACUGUUUCCUUCCUCCGCAAUGCACAAGCGGAGAAGCUCUGGCAGGGAAGAGAGGACUUCGCGAUCGAUGGUCGCAAGUUCACAGCUGUACAUGUGAGCAUCGUGCACGAUCGAUCUUUCAAGAUUCGAGCCAAGAGAGGACCCUGGGGCAAAGAGGGCAGCUUGGCAGAGCUGACUCACCUGCUAACCUUGGGCGGCAUGACAACAGCCGAAAUAGCUGACGUCUACCGCUAUCAGCUGCUGCGCCAGUCCCUUGCAGCGGUCCAACUCCAGCCGCUGGCAGGCAUGCUGGUCGCUGGGGCGCCAGGCCAGCAAGUCCACAAAGGCUUAGGUCAGAAAGGCUUCGUCGCUGUAGGGGCCAACGUCAUCUGGAGACAGAGGGAGGUGGAGUGGAUCGUCUCCUCGAGCUGCCCAGAGGCGAAUGAUACAGCAUUUCGAAGUAGAAAGAGACCUCAGAAGCAGGCGCCAACCUCGAAGACCGACAAGGAGACUAGGGGGGAGGAGAGGGGAGAGCGCAAGGGCACCGGAGGAAGCUGCGAGCAAGAGUAUGAUGAGAGCGUUCGCAACCUGCUGUAUCGGAAAUCAUGCCAAUACACGCAGGGUGAGCGCUCAGGAGGCCACGUCGAAGAGGCCGACCUCGUCGAGAGAGUGAAGAGCUUCACCAAGCGUUAUCCGAAUAGUCGGACAGCUCAUGCUUGCAGAGCUGAGGGGGGAUGCACUCCCGACGCUAUCGCAGAAGCCAUCCGCUCGACAUGUCGGCAGGCGAGACGCGACCUGUUUGAAGACUCUCUGAGCGCAUGGAGCCCAGAGUCGAAAGCAUGGUUCAUGCAACAGAUGAAAGAGGCCAAACAGCAGAAUGUCGAGACUUACAUCGGCACCGAAGACACCGAGGAGACCUCCUUCAUCUCCAUGACUCUCCUGGGCAUCUCCUCGAUGUAUGUGCGACAAGAAGAAAAGUUGAAAAUGAAGUUGACGGAGCUGGGACUCAUAGUAGACUCAGUCGAUAGAGACGACAAGUCCAUCAUGUGGAAAGCACCUUACAGACCUGAGAUAGCACGAGCAGACGACAUCUCAGUCACCAUCUCCUUCCUUCGGAAUGAAGAAGCCAUCGCACUCUGGCAAGGCAGCAGAGAGUACAGCAUGGACGGGCGAGUUUUCAGAGCAACUGAAGUCAGCAUUGCACACGACCGGUCGUUCAAGCUCCGAGCCAAGCGAGGACCUUGGGGCAAGGGAGGGAGCCUUGCCGAGCUAUCGCAGCUCCUAGCUCUUGGAGGAAUGUCGACGGCGGACAUAGCUCGGAUCUAUCAAUUCCAACUGAUCUCGCAAUGUCUCGCCGCAGCAGAGGUACAACCGCUGGCGGGCAUGCUCCUGCAGGGUGCUGGGCAGAGAGGUCGCAAAGGGCCGAGCCCGAAGACGGAUGGUCGACGCAUGAUGAAGGAGCUGCCCUUCUCUCUAGAAGGCGCAGCAACCAAGCUCGAAGCAGUCGGCUUCGACAAGGAGCCUGAGGCGGCUGGUCAGCGGGGCACCAGCGACGCAGCGCAGCGACAGGCGGAGAGCGAGGGAGAGUGGCUGGAGUUCACAGACCUGGAGAGGAUCACACAUAUCGACUUGAGAUGCGUUCUCCAAGUCUGUUACGACACUCAGCAUUAA